AUGUUCUCAAUCUCAACAUUUUCCACUCUGCUUCUAGGGGUUUUUGCUACGGCUUCGUCAUUAGCCCAAGCCCAAGAUGUGAAAUCCCUUCUUCCGCUAUCCACGAGGGGACGAGAUAUCUUGGACAAAAAUGGAAACGUCUUCCACUUCCUUGCCACUAAUUGGCCAGGUCACCAAGAGGCGAUGAUUCCGGAAGGCCUUCAGCAUGCUUCUGUUGAAGACAUCGUCACCUGGAUCCCGAAAUUUGGUCUAAACUCGGUCCGCCUGUGCUUCGCUAUCGAGAUGGUGGACGAUAUCUUCAGCAACAACCCUAAUCAGACCUUGGAGAGAACAGUAAUCAAUGCCUUGGGAGAGAAGAAUGGAACCAAGGUCCUCACGGAUAUACUCAAACAUAAUCCACAGUUUAGUAGGAACACAACAAGGCUCCAAGUGUGGGAUGCUGUUGCUAAAGAGCUUGCAAAGCAGAACGUCGUUGUACACCUUGACAACCAUGUCUCCAAGGCGUUCUGGUGCUGUGGAGAGAAUGAUGGCAACGGUUGGUUCGGCGAACAGUACUUCGAUAUCGAAAAGUGGAAGCGUGGAUUGUCUUUCAUGGUGAAACAUGCAAAGGAAAAUUGGCCGACAUUUUCGUCCAUUGGCUUGCGCAAUGAAUUGCGUCAAUCCUCGACCGCUAAAGAGCCCGUUGAUUGGUACACUUGGUAUACACAUAUGACCGCAGCCGCCAAUUCCGUGCACCAGGCCAAUCCAGAUGCUUUGAUCUUUUUCUCCGGCCUCUCAUAUGACACCUACAUCGAUCCCAUUCCACUAGGUAAAACACUGAAUGGAACGACGGGUACAAAAUCAGCUGGGAAGACGGCUGUCUUCAAGCCAGACGAUUUCGCGUGGAAGAACAAGAUCGUCCUCGAGAUCCACAAGUAUGAUUUCGAAGCCACGCAGGACAACUGCGACAGUUUCAAGAAAAAGUGGUACGCCAAUGGCUUCCAAGCAGUCGACCCCAAGAAUCGACAAACCAAAUAUCUCUUCCCCUUGGUGAUCUCAGAAUGGGGUUUCAUCCGCAAUGGGACUUACUUCAAACAAACGACGUACAAUAACUGUACAAUUGAAAUGGUCGAAGAUUGGCAGGUUAGUUGGAUGCACUGGGAGCUUUCGGGAAGCUUUUAUCUCCAGACGAGGCCAGGAAGGACGCCUCGGACUAUCCAAGGGCUGGAAGAGUUCUGGGGGCUGCUCAACUACAAUUGGUCUGCCGUGAGAUCGCCCGUCACGGAGGAGAACAGCUUAUAUAAGAUGAUUGCUGCUCUGAAAAAGUAG